ACAGCAACGUACAUAAAAAGAACGGCAAAAGAGGAAAAGAAGCGGGAGAACGAGCUGCACGACUUCUUCCCCUCUACUUAAAUGCGUCUCAGCUAGGGUUUCUCAUUUCUUUAGAUAUUCCCUUGCCGUUCUUCUCACUUGUCCUCUGCUUUCUUCUCGAGAUUUUAGAUUUUGUUCUUCUUUGUUGUCAUUUGAUCCGAUUGAAAGACCGGAUUGAUUCUUCCGCCUCUGCUUUCGACCUUUGAUUAUUUCAGUCAGGAGAUCAAUAUUCUCGAGGUAUUUGCAUCUAUUGUUUAUCGGAUCUAAACACUUAAUGGAAGAAACUCUUGCAGUUAUGAGUCCACCUAUUGAGACUCCAAAGAAAACAUCUGGAUCACAGCAAAAAGCACAUCCUCCUCUCAAUGAAAGGAUACUCUCUUCCUUGUCUAGGAGAUCAGUUGCAGCACACCCAUGGCAUGAUCUUGAGAUAGGACCUGGAGCUCCAACAAUUUUCAACUGUGUGGUUGAAAUAGGAAAAGGGAGUAAAGUGAAGUAUGAACUGGACAAGAAAACUGGCUUGAUCAAGGUUGAUCGUGUAUUGUAUUCAUCAGUUGUCUACCCUCAUAACUAUGGAUUCAUUCCACGCACACUUUGUGAGGAUAGUGAUCCAAUGGAUGUUUUGGUCCUGAUGCAGGAACCAGUUCUUCCGGGAUGUUUUCUUCGUGCUAAAGCCAUAGGCCUCAUGCCUAUGAUUGACCAGGGUGAGAAAGAUGACAAGAUAAUUGCGGUGUGCGCUGAUGAUCCUGAGUACCGACACUACAAUGAUAUCAAGGAACUUCCACCCCAUCGCUUGGCUGAGAUCAGGCGCUUCUUUGAAGAUUACAAGAAAAAUGAAAACAAGGAAGUUGCAGUUAAUGAGUUUCUGCCAUCAUCAACAGCCUAUGAAGCCAUCCAGCACUCCAUGAAUCUAUAUGCGGACUAUAUUGUGGAGGGCCUUCGGAGAUAGGCAGACCCGUCGCAGGACAUCAUUAUCUUCAUACAAAAUGGCUGGCGCAUAUGUAGGUUUUCAUUGUUAAGGAAUCUCUAAAACUUUUCUUGCACGUCUGUAUCACCGAACGUGUGCUUUUUAUAUUACGUCUUCUAGUGAAUGGGUUUGUAAAUUUGUAUUUGUAAUACUCUCAUGACAGCUUGUUUUGAUUUUCCCGCAAAUAAAUUUAGAAUAGCGAUAAGAAAAAAGAGCAAUGAACCGGUUUGGUAUCAUAAAAGUGGUUACCAAUCAGAUGAUAUUAUCAAAA